AUGGAUCUCUCCCACUCCGGCAUCUCCCUGCUGCUCGUGUUCAUCGCCGCCUCCGUGUCCGUGGUGAGGGCGAGCGUAGGGGAGACGUUCAGGGAAUGCAAGCAGUUUAUGUACAAGGGAACGCCCCCUGCUGGCCUGACCGAUGACUCUCUCCUGAAAAUAUGCCAGCACUACAACAACCGUCCCCGCUUCGCGACUCUGUAUGAUGCCAAAAAACGCAUCCCUGUCUACUCCGCCUACACCUUUAAAAAGUCUGACGGCGAGAAGCGGGUGAAUUUUCCAUGGAUGUACGAACCCCAGCUUUCAAGUAUGACCGGAACCAACAACAUGCAGCCUUUUCCACGAGGAGGCAGCGAGGUCCGCAUUGAAGAGAGCCAAGCGGUUCUGCAAGAUUACUCCGAUGCCAUACUGUACGAACGAGGUCCCCUGAACCCUGAUCAGCACCAGGCUUCUCCCAGUGAUAAAGCCGCCACGUACACCCUCACUAACAUCGUACCUCAGGUUAAGGAGUUCUAUAAUCGCCACUGGUCCGCUUACGUAGACAGCGUGAGGAAAAGAUUUAACAACUACUGUAACGGUAAAGCCUACAUCGUGACAGGCGUGACCACGUCUGGAAACACGAUUCGCAGAGAGAACACGGACAGGGUGGGAAUUCCGAAAUACAUCUGGUCCGCUUACUGCUGCCCAAACUAUGACCUCAACGCCCCGUAUGAUGUCAGAUACAAGUUUCCCACUUUCGCCGCGUACGGGCUGAACGAAGUGGUCAACAACUUUGUCACCGAAGUCUCGCCCAGAAAACUCGAAACCCUGCUGAAAAGAGAAAUGAACGUCGACCAAGAUUUCCAGCUGUUUUACAGGGACUGUGUCGCUGACUGAACGCCGGAUCACAGCGGGUUUUCCGGCUCCGGAAUGUCAUUUUAGAUUUUCGAAAUUCAAACCCACGAAAGUUUAAUUGGUACAAUAAUGAAAAAGAAGGGAGGAAGAAUCCAUAGGUCCAGUAUUUCUCUUUAGUCUUAAACUCAUUUUAGAACAUAGAACACUGCAAUGAAAAAUUUUAGAAAAGUGAAGAUAGUUUCGCCCCUCCCAUCUUGUUUCUCUAUAUUCUUCACCGCAGAAUAUUUCUUCUUUAAAACAACUUUUUCUUCAGAAGCAUUCUGAGGUAUUGUACAUUGAUGAAACUUGUUUACAAGUAAUAAGCGUGUUUGAAAAAAAAAUCCACUCACCUGUUUCCUAAUCAUUAGCUGAGAAACGUGAAGUUGUAGACGGGUGUCUUCAUUUUUUUCCCCCACUUGUAGGUUGAAUGACUACGCAAUAGAAACCUCAGGUCAAUAGGCCUAAAACGAUCAGGAUCUUGAUCAUCACCUCGUUUCACUUCAGAUAGAAGCACUGGGAUCCCCUAUCCAAUAUCAGUUUAUUUAUUCUAUUAAUUCACCUGUAAUUCAUGAUUUCUCACGGGGUGUCAGUGUCACUGUUUAAUCACACUUUCAAAUUAUUUCAUAAAUCAUUAAAUGUAGUUUAAUUCUAGUCACUCAGCUUAAAAAAACGAGUUAGUUUGGAAAGUGUAUGAUUUUGUUGGUGACCAUCUUCUGUUAUAGAUUUACAGAAGUUUACAAAACUGUAAAACUGUGGAGUCUUUCACAUUAAUGUAAACUUCAUCAUUGGUACUUUACUUGUCUACCACCUUACUUCUGCUGCCCUGAUACUAAAUCUAUUGACCAUCUACUGUGAUAUUCGAAGAUGUGAUCUUUUGCCCACAGAGAGGGCCAAAAGACUGUCUCUACUUUUGCGUAUACUGUAGUAAGGCAAAUUUAAAAUAGUAAUUUUGGAAAGUAUUUUUUUAAUCAAAUAGUAGGUAGAAAGAGAAUCAAACGCGAGCUUUGCAGAUGGGUGACUGCUUGGGAAACAAUCCUGAAGUUAAAUUGCACAGUUGAGAUUAAGACUGACUGCUUCCUUUCAGAAAUUUCCCCACAUCUAAUAAAUCCAGACUAGCACACUCCUGAAGAAACUGAUUUAAGAAAUCUGCUUAUGUACAAUAUGAGUUAUUUUUUCUUUCAGAUAUUCAUAUGUAAUACUUGGGGUUUGUAACUACGCGGAAUGUAAACGUCUUCAUCUUAAUCUUGCAUCUGUGAAUUAAAAGGCAAUCUGAUGGAAGCAAGGGAAUAUUUGCU